AUGGAUAUCCCAUAUAGGGCUACUUCAACACAACCCUGGUAUGGUUCAAAUCAGAUGUAUUAUUUUGGUGUAUUUAAAUUUGAUACUUUCGACAAAGAUAAUAAUGUGAGAAAAGUGCUCAUCUCUGAGAUAACACAGACACUUUUACAGGCACAUGAUCCAAAUCUUUUAUCCUCGCCAACUCAUGUACGUUGGGUUAUGGAGGCAAUUGGUCAAGGGUUCGCUUUGCCCUUAGAAGAGAUGGCAAUCACCGCAAAUUCUAAAGAAUUAUAUUCGCAAUGGUUGUUUGAGCCGAAUUUUAGACCGGCUGCAAUUCGUGAUCUUACUGGAAAGCCAGAAGAACAAAAGUUUUGGCAGGUAAUAUUUCAUCAUUACUCGCUACUCUUUCAACCUCGUACUCCCACUACAAAUCCACCUCAAGCCCCUACACCGACUACUCCAGGAUUUCCCGCUGCUGUUAAUCAAACAUCGUCCAAUUAUACAUAUAUACAACGACACAUAGAACUCUGCAAAGGUGUAUUAAUUGUAUUGACUAUGGCUGGGCGUACACUCGGCUCACAAUUCUCUGAAGAGACUUGGCUCGUUCUUUUAAAAGUCGUGCUCGGAGUCACUGAUUGUCUGCUACGAGAUCCCUCAACAACCAUGGGUGAUGAAUUAUGUGAACAUUUAUUACGAGUACUUUUUGAGUUGUGGUUAAGAUCUAGAAUUCGAAAUGUUGAAAUGUGGAAUAUUUUUAAAAAAUGUUUUAAUUUAUGGACUCAUCGAUUACAAACUAUUCAUCAAUGGAACGCUACCACGUUAGCGUUGACUCAACGUGUCGCUAGAUUACUUUAUGGUCCAAGAGAAGGGGCAGAUAUGGUGAGCAUAUCUGUUGGUGGAUACAAUGUUGGAUUAGAUCUUCCGACAGAGUUUGUGUAUUAUGCUUGGUAUCGCAUAAUUUACCUCAUAGACCAUCCGUGUGCAUUACCCCCUUCGAAUCUUGCAUUAUCAAUUAUGGGGAUCGGAAGAAUCAUUGACGCUUUUCAAUCCAUCGGAAAUUCGGUAUCUCAAAAGGCACAUCAAAAAGAAAGUUCGAAUCAAGGAUUAUUUUCUACUAUACCCGAUGGAAAUACUCUAUUAAACAUGUUUGGUAAAUGGCUUUUUGAAGCAUGUGCCAUAAACAAUUCCGAUCCUGAUAUACAGCAAGGAAGAGCCACUGCAUAUGGUAUCCUAUGUAAAAUAUUUUGCUCAACUGAACGGCGACAGAAAUUUUUGCGAAAUUAUAUCACGCAAUUUUAUCGUGCUUUAUCUGAAGGCUUGCGUUCUUCUAGUUGUCUCCCCGUUAUACUGAUGAACACUGAUUCACUUUUCGCGACUGAGCUCGAAGGCGUGAGAAUGAUGGUGCCUGAUUUUGUGGUCGGCAUAAAAAUGAUAUUGCCAAAACUCGCAUCAAAUUUCCAUACAAAGAUACCACUCGAUGAUUUGAGAUUAGCUGCAAUUAAAGUCGCCAGCACAAUAAUGUGUUUGCCGAAUCAUUUUGAGAGGGUAUCACUAAAAGAGAAUUGGGCAAGUGGAAUACAUCAAAAUGGUGAUAAGACAUUGGUUAAUGAUUCAGAUGAAGUAGUUGUUAAUGAUGUGGUCAGGUUUCCAGUUAAUUCUCAUUUCGACAUGUUUUAUUUUGUAAAGAUUCUAAACACGUUUUCUUCACAGAUCCGUGUAUUAUAUUCAGAGGAAGAUCUUCGAGAUAAUAAACAAAAUCAACCUUCAACAGAACCUUUUACAGCUCUGAAAUUCUAUAUUCUAGAAUUGCUUCUUACUUCACUUAAAACCGACAAAUCUUCCUACAAUCUUCGUUAUCUUCUUCAUUUAAUUGACGUUUAUGUUGUUGAAGAUGUAGUUUUUUGUCCGGGUUUAGUCGGUUUAGUAGUCAAGACUAUUCAAGAAAAGGUUUUGACGAUGACUCUACCAUCAGAUGUAACCUUGUAUGCAUUUAACGUCUUAAAAGAUUUUGUUGGAUUAUAUGACUUUAUACAAAGGGAUAACAAGAAUUGUGCCAGAGAAUUAGUAUUAGCGUUUUCACGUUACAUCGAUACAUUACUUAAUGGCGGGUAUGGAGGAUUGUCAAUAAAUUACCCUUUAAUUGAACUCGCUUAUGAUUGUAUGGUUCAUUGGAUACUCAUUGGGCAGUGGAUUGUUGGAGAUCAUGAUUGUUACGAAGCGGUAAUUUCAACAAUUAGUCGAGGAAUAUCCAUUGGAUUGCACGAAGACGAAGCCUCGAAUCUUUCUGCGAAUUCAGAAAAGAAAAAGAAUCGUAAAGAUGCAACUCCCAAUAAACUUUUUCUUCCUCGUAAUAUUAAAUCGGCUUCCUCAAGCAAUGAAAACAUAGCGAAUAACGGUAUACAAAUGCAACAAGGCAAAAAAGAGGAAGUUGCCAUAAAAAUUGCAGCUGAAAUUGCAAUGACUCAAAUUAUCAAUCAUCUGGGUAACUUCCCUUCCUGGUCAGAUAAUAUUGGCCCGAGCAGGAUUUCCACUUUAUUCAAUCAAGAUUUGCAACUAGCGAUGACUCAGAUUUCUGAGUCACGUGAAUUUGAUGGAGUUUCAGUACCGGAACUUGUCCAUUAUUUUUUGAUUGAUGGUCGCCUCAUAUUGGGAUUUGUAGAACUACCCAAAAAUUCAGAUUCUUUCAAUGUUGACGACGAACUUGCUACACCAACGUCAGCUCAUCAACAAAAGUUUUCUAAUCCUGAAAUAGAUGAUUCCGUGGCAGCUCCCUCGGUUAUUAUAGUUAUUCGUGAUAGCACCGGCAAAUAUUCUUGGACAUCACAUAUGCGAUAUAAAAAAUUAGAUUCUGAUAAUGAUAAUUCAAAAGCCUCUCAUCAAGAUUUUGACCAUUCCGACCCUGCAAUUCAUUCUUCAUCUUCUGUACCAGCUUUGCAAGCUAACACACCACCUUAUUUAUCAUUUGAUGUUCAAGAAGCGAAAAGCCAUGCAAAAGUUCCAAAGACACUUGCUUUCAACGAAAGCAAUUAUGUACCUAGUAUGGACAAAAUAUUAAAAGAGGGUAGUGAAAGUUGGCUAGCUUAUAAUAUCAUCAAGAAAUUGACGCUCAAACAAAUAAAUGCAGAAGAGCAUGUCAUGCGAAAGCAGCAUGGAAAACUUUUCAAUCAAAGUUUUAAAGCCGAACCAGCUCGAUUAAAUGCAAAUUUAGAGAGCCCCCAAGCUUUUCGUCUUUUUAUGUCACAAACGGGUCUUUUAAAUUUGGAAAAUCGGCACCGAGUUGUUCCUUUGAGAAUAUCCGAAAAAUUUAUUAAGGAUUUAGAGGCGCUAGAUCAAAUGCAUGAACGAGAUUGUAUAAGCGCUUCAGUCUUUUUUGCACGUUCUGGCCAGGAAUCAUAUGAAAACAUAGUUAAUCCUGAAGCGAUAAGCGAAGAUUUUGAAAAGUUUCUGAAUAGUCUUGGGUGGCCGGUUGAUUUAGAGACUCAUCCCGGAUUCAAAGGAAAAUUAACACCAUCGCUUUGCAAAACUGCUCCGUAUUUUGCCGACAGAACUAUUGAGCUUAUAUUCAACGUUCCAUAUCUCAUUCAGAGGCCUACCUCUAACACUACAGAUCUUACAACGUCAAUAUUCAAACGUGUGUCCGCGGAUGAUUACGUUUCUAUAGUGUGGAUAGAAGAUAUCUGCGGAAUAUACAGCAUAUCUCAAAAGAUAAAAAAAUCAGGACUAGUUUAUAUAUUUGUGCAUCCUUUACAAAAUGCAACGGGAUUAUAUUGGAUACGAAUUAUCAUGCAAAGUACUUUUCAGUAUAAUAAUAGUGAACGAAAACAAGGGAAAGGGAAAAACAUCUGGACAGCAAUCACAAAGUUAGCCGAGAACCCUAUGAAUAUUGGACCGUUAGUAGAUGGAAUGAUUGUGAGUCGUCAUGCGCUGGGAAUGCUAGUUCGAAAUACUACAAUAUCAGCACAUCACGCGUGUAGAGCGUGCACUGAGGCAUGUGCUAGACCGUAA